AUGUUCAAGGAGUAUUUUUAUGAUGUGAAUGAAUUGGAGAGCUCUUAAAAAAUAUAGAAAAAUGCUGAGAAGUAUAUUGUAAAGCACUUGAAUCAUGUAGUAGCAGAUAUGGAGUUCGAUUUUGAUCUGAUUACUGAAGUAUCAAAUUUUGUAAUCAUUUGAGUCUGAACAAAUUAUUAAGAAAUGUUGGUGAAAGGUAAAUACUCAAGGAAGAUUGCGAAUAUAUAUGGACUAGAUAUCAUAUUUAAAGAUAUCUUAAUAAACAUACGAUUUUUAGGGAUGAAGAAGUGAUCGAAUUCAAGGAAAUAUAGGAAUUACCUUAGAAGAAGAAAUCAGUUAGAUUUGAGGAGGAAUAAGCCUAAUUAUAGUAGGCCAAUUAAUUUAACAUCUUGAAGGAUAGAGUAAGAACUGGAGGCAUAGAUAAAGAGAAAAGAGAUAGGGAGAGGGCUGAAAUGGAAUAAAAGUUAUUUGAAAAUAUUGAUAGGAUUAAAGAGAUCAGUGAUAUUGAUUCCUUUAAGCCGCUCAAGUAAUAGAUGUACAAUAUAUAUAAGAUACAUUGUUUAAUUUGAUGAUAAAGGUAAUAUUAUGCUUGACAAUGCUGAGUUGAAGGAUGAAGAUGUCGAAAAACUGUAGGGCAAACAACAACAAAACGUUUCCUUUGAUGAGUUUGCAGAAGAUGAAGUUGCCAUUAAGUAAGUCGAUGGGAAGAAGUUUAAUUAAAAGAAAUCGAGUAGUGAGUCAAGUGAAGAUCAGGAGAGUGACUCAGAGGAUUCUGAGGAUGAUUAUUUAAUGCAACAAAGAAAUCUCAUUAAGAGAGCUUGA